AAGAAAAAACAAAGGGUGAAGUUGAACUUGAGUGCAUAUAUAUAAAUAAAUAUCUCUUUUAAUUUUUUUUACUUUUCUUUCAUGGCUUCUUCUUCUUCUUCAUCAUCAAAUCUUGGGAUAAUUGUUCAAAAGAAUCCUCCACAAUCUCAACUCAAUGAAUUGGGCAUCAAAUCUUGGCCUAAAUGGGGUUGUUCUCCAGGAAAAUACCAAUUAAAAUUUGAUGCACAAGAGACAUGUUAUUUAUUGAGAGGUAAAGUGAAAGUUUCAACAAAGAAUUCAAAUGAUGAAAUAGUUGAAUUUGGAGCUGGAGAUCUUGUUAUUAUUCCAAAAGGAUUAAGUUGCACUUGGGAUGUUUCAAUUGCUGUUGAUAAACACUAUAAGUUUGAUUCAUCUUAAUUAGUU